UCAUCGACCGUGUUUUAUACUCGAUUCCGCCCGCUCGACGCCCAUCAGAUUACCAGCGGCAAACCUACCUGUUCCGCUCCUUCAUCCUAUUCCCUAAUAUCGGACACACAAGGACCUGUCAGGAACGAGAGAUCCGAAGCCGGCCAGAGAAAAGCGUCGCUACGAUGAUUAGUCUUAUCCUCCCGAUUCGGGCCACUCAGGCCGUAUUUUCCAUCAUAGUGAUGGGAUUGUCAGGAUAUGUUGCCAAUUGGUACCAUUUCAGCACCCUCACCGAGUCGCCGUCACAGGUCAACUUCCAGGUCUUCUCGGCCGUCUUCUCCAUCCUCUCCGUUGCCUACCUGGAGGGCUCCCAGAGGUUCUUCCCGAGAGCUGCCAACCCCAUCGCGGCGCUUGCCAUCGAGGCCAUCAACGUCAUCUUCUUCUUCUCAGGCUUCAUCGCCCUGGCCGUCUUCAUUAACGGCCUCGUUUUCUGCCGCGGCACCGUGUGCGGCUCGGCCCGGGCCUCGACCGCCUUCUCGUCCUUCCUCUGGCUCCUCUGGUCGGCCUCGCUCGGGCUCACGGCCAUGGCGCACCUGCGCAACAACGGUGGCGGCCUGAGUUUGGGGGGCUUCGGGCGGCGCAGCAGCGGCAGCGGCGCCAUGUCUCAGACCCAGCCGCAGCAGCCGUCGCCGUCGGGGGGCGCGGGCCCGUCCCUGGAGAAGAAGACCGAUUCCGUGGCCUAA